AGCCCUUCUGGCUUGAGGCCCCUGUCGGUUUUGUCCUGGCAUGGCGGCCGGAACGCCACCCAGAGGCGGGGCGGCCUCGGUGGGCACCCGCUCCGCGUCGUGCGAGCGCUGGCGGUCGACCGUGGCGAGAGCGCAGGCGGAGGCCAGCCUCGACCUUGGCUCGAUUCAGCGCGCCCAGCAGCGCGAGCUGUGCUUCCGGAAGUGCAAGGCGGCGAAAGGGCUGGCGCUCCGCACCCGGGCUCUCGUCGCGGAGACCCUGCUGCAGAUGUCGCAGGCGACCGUGGGCAAGGACCACCAGGCCGCGCGCGACCGGUGCGCGAAGGCGGCCGCCGCCUCCCGGGAGCGGCACGACCGCCACCACGAGCUACUCGAGAGAGUGCAGCAGGGCGCCAGGCGUUGGUCGCUGCAGGGGUCGGCCAGGCCGCGCCCGAGGCGCAUCCUGAGCGCGGGCCACGCCAUGGAGAGGAGCCGCAGCCCGAGCCCGCGCUCCCUGGACUCGGAGGCCCUCCUGCGGGGGGUCACGAGCUCCGACGAGAGCGCGCUCCAGGAGACCAGGGCCCUGGUUGGCGCCAGCGGCGCGGGCCUGGACAGCGACCGGAGCCCGACUCAAUCCUCGUCCUCGGCCUGCGAGGGCGGCCGCGCGGGCCGCGCGGGCACCAGCAGCGGCCCCUCCAGGGUGGACACGCUGCUGCAGGCGCUGCGGAGCGAGCCCGCGGAGGACCUGGAGCGCGCCGCGAAGUUCGGCCUGUACGAGGCGUACCUCGCAGAGGUGGAGAGCAUACGGGAGAUACUGAUCAAGUUCCACUCGGAGAGUUGCCCGCUCCUUGACCAGCAGGUGGCCACCUGGAUGGACGGCCAGCUGAGGGAGGUCGACAGCAGGCAGAAGAUGGGGACCUUCGAGACAGGCGAUUGGUUUGUGUACCACAUGAUGCGUCAGGCCCAUGCCAACAACUGCAACAUGACCUCCAAGCUGGACCUCUGGGAGGAGAAGAUCCGCAACCUCUGCGCGGGCGACCCGCAGCCCUGCCCCAUCUGCUUGGAGCACUACUCCUGCGACAGGCCCUCGCAGACGCUGGGGUGCUGCCACAAGGCCUGCAAUCGGUGCUGGGGCAACUGGACCAAGCUCAUGCACGGGAUGGGCAAGGCAGCAUUCUGCCCGAGCUGCCACCGCAAGGAGUUCCUGAGCUCUCUGAGCGCUCCUGCGGAGGUGGCGGCGGUCCGGGCAAGAUCGCCCCGGUCUCCACCGCCACCUAGCACUAAGAUCAGCUUGUGACUGCGAACACCCUGUUACAGCGGAGGCGGGCGUUGUGUCAAAUUUAACUCCAGGUAUCUGGACGGGAAUCUGGAACAAGGAUGAGGGUGCGGGUGUGGCUCAGAAGAGUCCACAGGAACCCAUCCGGAUAGCUCGAGCGCGCCUGCCGUGAUUAUAUAGAUGUUCGAGCAUGUGUCUAGUGACAUAGGCAUCUUGGUUGCUCAUUUCUCCGGCACAAUCUGCACGGGUUGUUUUUCCAGUGGUAGUGUGGGUUGUUCGCUUGCGUUCUGUACGCCUUGUGCAUGUGAUGAGCAGACCGAGGCCAUGCAGUACACUUGCUCGUUGCCACCUUUCGUCAUGGUUGCGCUUGGACAUCUCGUUAGGUUCCUUCGCAUCCUCCCACAGGACAUGAAUAGUCUUGUUUUAUUUGAAGGGUCGUUUGGACCAUCUGCCCCCCUGUGCCACCGCGCCCGUCCCUCUUAUCCCUCAUCUGCCUCGUCCCUACCGGUGAGGCAUUCGAUUGCGCAACACUGCGGAGGAGAUGCUGUUUCGACGCAUGGCCACAGAAGCGUGCAGUCCCAUUCCGUCUCCCCGGCGUGAUGCGCCCUGACACGCGCGAGUUCUGCCUCCUCGGCGCCAGACCGCGAGGAGUCGGGCGGUCGGUGCCGAGAGAGGUCAUGCGGCCCGUGGGGCAUCGGCCGUCCGCAGGUGGAGUUGGGGGGGGGGA